AUGGGUCAGGAAGAGUCCUCCAUGAGUUACAGCGGCCCGCCCGCAACGCUCACUGAGCGGAGCUUGGCCGCUGUCGCAGAUUACAUCAAGUCAGGUCGUUGCAAGCGUAUUGUGGUUCUGACUGGCGCUGGUAUCUCUACUGCUGCUGGAAUCCCCGACUUUCGAUCGCCUGGAACAGGUCUUUAUGCCAACCUCGCUCGUCUCAAUUUGCCCUACGCCGAAGCCGUCUUCGAUAUCUCCUACUUUCGCGAGCACCCCGAACCUUUCUAUGUUCUAGCAAACGAAUUGUAUCCUGGGAAAUUCCACCCGACCGUAUCGCAUGCCUUCAUUGCUCUCCUCGCCCGCAAGAACCUCCUCCAAAUGCUUUUCACUCAGAACAUCGAUUGUCUUGAGCGCGUGGCUGGAGUACCUUCAGACAGGAUUAUCGAGGCUCACGGAAGUUUCGCAAAGCAGCGCUGCAUCGAGUGUAAGGAAGAGUAUCCGGACGACAAGAUGAAGGAGCACGUCUUUGGAGGCAAGGUCCCCCAUUGCGACAAGGAAGGUUGCGAGGGACUCGUCAAGCCUGAUAUUGUCUUCUUUGGCGAACCUCUGCCCAAGGCUUUCGACAACAAUACUUUCCAAGUCGCAAUGGCAGACCUGGUCUUGGUUGUUGGCACAAGUCUAAGCGUGUACCCCUUCGCUGCCCUACCAGGUUUGGCGCAAGAGGGAAAACCUCGUGUGCUAUUCAACAUGGAGCAGGUCGGUCAGCUUGGAAGUCGAUCUGACGAUGUCAUGGAGCUGGGCGAUUGCGACUCAGGCAUCCGCAAGUUCGCUGAUGAGCUCGGCUGGCGCGACGAGCUCGAGGCGCUGUGGAAAGAGAUCGUCGGUGAUGCCGAGGCAGAUAGACAGAAUAGUGGUAGAGAAAAGGAGGCGGUGCAAGAUGAAGUCGAGCGCUUGGCAGCCGAGGUCGGAGCUGUUGUCAUCGACGACAAGACCGACGACAAGACUGAUAUCAAGCAAGAUACAAAGCAGGAUGUGCUUUCGUAUAACGAGCCAACCAAGAUUGAAGAGGAGCAAUCCAAGACUGAGAAGAAUAACUCAGAGCCCGCAGCUGCACCUUCAUCUACAACGGCCGCAGAGGACGAGGGCAAGGAGUCACCAAAGACCGAGCAACUCAAGCCAGAGAAUCUCGAGGAAAUCGAGGCCGAGGCAGCCAGGACAGAGUCACUGGUCACAGAACCCCCCAAGCCACAGCCAUCGAAAGAGGAAACAUUACAAACAGACACGCCCACUGCUACACCCGCAGAAUCCAUUUCUAAAGAAGAAGAGAGCAAGUCUAAAUUCUGA